AUGGCCAAUUCUUCUCCUCAAAGUCCCAUUACCGAAUCAAAGCCUAUUCUUAACUUAUCUGAUGAUUUCAAUUUCCAUACUUAUAUAGAUGCUGCUCCUUCAUCUGUUAUGAGUAAACAAAAGUGGUGCCCUCAAAAUCUCGGUCAAGGUUCCGUUUCACAAGAUGAUAAAUCUUGUGAUUCCGACGCUGAACUCCGUCUUCCUUAUCAAUACCCUGUGCUGUAUGAAAAUAAAAACACACUAAAUCCUUCAAGUCUUAGUAUCAAUGAGACAACAUAUAUUCGUGAUCAAGCCCCUUCAAAUUCUUCUUCAAUAUCUACAAGCUAUGAUUCUCCCCCACAUGCUUUUCAAAUGAACGCUGAUCAAGAUCAAUUAUUAUCUGCUGUUCAAUCCCCAUUAAUGUCUUAUCCUCCCACUCCUAUUGAUGUCACUGAUUCUUCAACUUUCUUACGUUCUACAACGUCUUCACCUUCAAAUUCAAGGGAAUUUUCUUCCUUCAUUCCAGUUUUGGACAAUCAGUCUUCAAUUUUGACUUCCUCUCCACCAUCAUCUACGACUGUUCUUACUAAUUUAAAUAAUAGGCAACAAAAUUCUUCUAUUAUAACUAAAUCAAAUGAUACGAAACCUUCAUUGAAUAAUUAUACUUCUCUUAAUAUUUCGGACUAUUAUGUAUCUCGACCGAAUGGUCCUGUAAGAUCUCAAACGACGCCACCUUCUUCAUCUACUUCUCAAUCUGAUCAACGUCGUCGACGUUCAUUAACCACAAAUCUUAAUUUAAAUGAUUCUGAUACAAAUCCUUCUCAACAAAAUUCUUAUGUAUCAAGAUCAUCUCCAAAUGUUAACGAUGAUAAAUCUAAUAAUCAACGUGGUUCACCAGUUGGUUCGGAUCAGGAUUUUUCUCAACCUGGUACUUCAACUACUGUAGUUCCUCGUGAUCAACAUAGACAAUUACCUUCUUCUACUGUUGAUCCUAAUUUGUUAGUUGGGAUGACCGAUUUUAUAUCAACGAAUAAUAAUUAUUUACAAGGAAAUCCUACUUCUUCGAUUGAUUCUCUCCAAAGAUCGUCUUCGGACUCUAAGAAUUAUAUGACUGUUCGAGCGAAUCCAUCUUCAAAUGAUCCACGUGGUCCUUGUACGCCCGGAUCAUUUCAAAAAUCAUCUUCCUCGACAGAUAAUACUAUUAUUGGUUCAUAUUUACCUCCUGUUGCUACCUCGCCCUAUUCAACCGACGGUUAUCACAUGGUAGGGUUAGUAUCUUCCGGUUCGACAAAUUCUGGAUUAGUCUCAUCUUUCGUAAGAAUCCGUCCAAAAACUGUUAAUGGCAUGGUCGCAAUGUCUGACGUUUACGCAGAUCCUACUUUAACUUCCUCUGAUGGCUUUUCACAAGGAAAAAAAUUUUCUUCAAAGAAACGUGCUAUGUCGACAGAUACAAGGUCGUGCAAACGCCGUGUUUCAAAGUCAUUAGAAACUUCCAAUAUUUCAUCAGUUACCGUCUUGGCAUCUGAUGUGUCUUUGAUUACUGAAACAAGUGGCGGGUUAAGUUCAGAUGACGUAGACAAUCAUCCAUAUCGGUGUCCUGUGCCCGAUUGCACAAAGGCAUAUAAAAAUGCUAACGGCCUAAAUGAUGGCGCUCGACAAAAACCCUGGCCAUGCCGCGUAGAAAAUUGUCACAAAACAUAUGGUAGUAAGGGGGGUCUUAUUUAUCAUGUCAACCGCAACCAUCCAAAUGACUUAUGGGCUUUACCCUAA